GGAAAGUCAGCUGAGAGAACACACACUCAGGCAGGAAUAAGAAGACUGUCAGUUCAUUCAGCGCCUACACAAGUGAACAUGGAUUUUGUUCUAAAACCGGUGUUCGGAAUGCUUACGUUCCUCUUCGUCUCACUAAGCAUUUGCCUGAUUCUGGCAGAAAAUAAUCGUAAUUGUGACGAUCCACUGGUAUCUACAUCACCCCAUACAUCAUUCAAUAGUUCAUCACAGCUGUCUGAUAGUCACAGUCCCGGCUUUGCUAAGCUUAACAGACGGGAUGGAGCAGGAGGUUGGUCCCCGUUGGAUUCUAACAAAUAUCCAUGGCUAGAAAUUGAUCUUGGAGCAAGAACUGAGAUAACUGGUGUUGCCACUCAAGGGAGAUAUGGGAGUUCAGACUGGGUGACAAGUUAUCUCCUAAUGUUUAGUGACACCGGUAGAAACUGGAAGCAAUACCGCCAAGAAGAAAGCAUUUGGGCCUUUUCAGGAAAUACAAAUGCAGACAGCGUUGUGCAAUAUAAACUGCAGCAGCAUGUUAUAGCAAGGUUUCUGCGAUUUGUUCCUCUUGACUGGAAUGCAAAUGGAAGGAUAGGCAUGAGAGUGGAGAUUUAUGGAUGCUUAUACAAGUCUGAAGUAGCAGGUUUCGAUGGCAGCAGCUCAUUAUUCUACAGGUUCAGUCAAAAGUCAACAGAAACCAUCAGAGAGGCAAUUUCGAUGAAGUUUAAGACUAUGCAGAAUUCAGGGGUUAUUUUACAUGGUGAAGGACAGCAUGGGGACUGCAUUACAUUGGAGUUGCAUAAAGGAAAACUCUUUCUACACAUUAAUUUAGACAGUGCCAAGGGACUUUCUUCUGACAGUCAUGCCUUGAUGACUCUGGGCAGCCUUCUUGAUGAUCAGCAUUGGCACAGUGUACUUAUUGAACGAGUUAACAAGCACAUCAAUUUCACUGUGGAUAAAAACACACAACAGUUCCAAAUGAAAGGACAGUUUGACCCCCUGAAUAUUGACUAUGAGCUCAGCUUUGGAGGUAUCCCAGUUCCAGGGAAACCACGGACCUCUUUGAAGAAGACCUUCCAAGGGUGCCUGGAAAAUGUAUUCUACAAUGGAGUAAACAUUAUUGAUUUGGCUAAAAGACAAAAACCUGAGAUUCAUAUUCUGGGUAACGUGACCUUUUCCUGCUCAGAGCCAUCCAAUGUUCCAAUCACCUUUGUGAGCCCUGCAAGUUACUUACUUUUGCCUGGAUCCCUGCAGAAGGACAGCAUAUCUGUCAAAUUCCAGUUCCGUACGUGGAACACAGCUGGUUUAUUGCUAACCAGCGAACUGUAUCAGGGUUCCGGAGUCUUGUGGCUUUACCUCAUUGAUGGAAAAGUAAAACUGUCAAUUUCCAUAUCUGGAAGGAACCUUGUCGAUGUUACUACAGGAACCAUGCUGAAUGAUGGACAGUGGCAUUCUAUUGAACUUAGUGCUAGAAGGAAUCGUUUCAGCGUAACUGUGGACAAUGAUGCCUCUGCAGCAGCUCAUGCCAGCUCGCCAUUUUAUAUUUUUUCUGGAGGACAGUAUUAUUUUGGUGGUUGUCCUGAAAUCAUCAGUAAUCAAGGAUGCAAGAAUCCCUUCAAUGUUUUUCAAGGAUGCAUGAGACUUAUAUCUAUAGACAAGCAGGAUGUGAAUCUCAUCCAGGUGCAACAAAGAAUCACAGGGCGUUUCAAUGACUUGCACAUAGACUUGUGUGGUAUUAUAGACAGAUGCUCUCCAAACUAUUGUGAACACGGUGGCAAAUGUUCUCAGUCCUGGAAUACAUUCUAUUGUAACUGUACAAAUACUGGUUACACUGGAGCCACGUGCCAUAGCUCAAUUUAUGAACAGUCAUGUGAGGCAUACAAGCACAAAGGAAACACAUCAGGCUUUUACUACAUUGAUUUAGAUGGAAGUGGACUACAGAGACCGCUGCUAGUGUACUGCAACAUGACAGAUAAAACAUGGACUGUGCUACAACACAAUAACACACAGCUGACUAAAGUGAGAGGCUCCAGUGGGCUCAAUCAGCACGCAGUUUGUUUUAACUACACAGCCAACAUGGAACAACUCCAGGCUAUAAUUAACCAAGCAGAGUACUGCGAACAGGAGCUAGCCUACCACUGUAAAAAGUCACGCCUUUUAAACACACCUGAAGGAACGCCAUUCACUUGGUGGGUUGGAAGAACAAAUGAAUUGCAAACAUACUGGGGAGGUGCAGUACCUGGGAGGCACACAUGUGCUUGUGGCCUUAAGGAAAAUUGCAUUGACACAAAACAUUUCUGUAAUUGUGAUUCUGACAGAAAUGAAUGGACCAAUGAUUCAGGUCUUCUGACCUUCAAAGAACAUUUGCCAGUUACUAAAAUUGUAAUUGGUGAUAUAAACAGAGCCAGUUCAGAAGCUGCUUAUAAAGUUGGACUUCUACAGUGCAAUGGUGACAAGAACUUUUGGAAUGCAGCCUACUUCAAUACAGAAAACUCCUACCUUCAUUUCCCAACAUUCCACGGUGAACUAAGUGCAGACAUAUCUUUCUUAUUCAAAACCACAGCUUCAUCUGGUGUGUUUCUGGAAAAUCUUGGAAUUAAAGAUUUUAUUAGGAUUGAACUCAAAUCUCCUUCAGAAGUAACUCUUUCGUAUGACGUGGGAAACGGUCCCUUUGAUGUAAUUGUGAAGACACCGAGACAUUUAAAUGACAACCAGUGGCAUUAUGUGAAGGCUGAGCGGAAUGUAAAAGAAGCUUCACUUCAAGUGGAUCAACUUCCAAUAAGGACUCAGAAAGCUCCUGCUGAUGGACACAUUCACCUACAACUCAACAGCCAGUUAUUUGUAGGAGGCACUGCUUCGAGGCAAAAAGGAUUUCUUGGAUGUAUCCGUUCAUUGCAGUUAAAUGGAAUAACACUUGACCUUGAAGAGAGAGCCAAGAUUACCCCUGGUGUAAAAUCUGGUUGUCCAGGACAUUGUAGCAGCUAUGGUAGUCUUUGUCACAACAAAGGAAAAUGCAUUGAAAAAUACAAUGGAUUCUCAUGUGACUGUAGCUACUCAGCUUUCUCAGGGCCAUUUUGCAAGAAAGAGGUCGCUGCAUACUUCAAGAGUGGAACGUCUGUGAUGUAUACAUUUAAGGAGCCUUAUGAGAUGAAUAAAAACUUGAGUGCUCAGUCAUCUUCCAUUUACUCCGAUGUAACUCUUAGAAGUGAGAAUAUUUAUUUUAGCUUCCAUACAACCCAGACACCAAGCUUACUAUUAUAUGCAAGCUCCUAUUACAAGGAAUAUCUGGCAGUUACGCUGAAUAAAAAUGGCCAUUUACAAAUCAAGUAUAAGCUUCAUAGUAACAAAGAUCCAGAAAUGUUCAGGAUCAAUUUCCGAAACCUGGCAAAUGGACAUCCUCACGAAGUUAAAAUUGAUAGAGAAGGAGACAAUCUUUCUGUACAGAUUGACCAGCAUCCCAGAGAAGAAUUUAGUCUAUCAUCUGAUUUUGAGUUUAAUGCCAUCAAAUCUAUCAUCCUUGGAAAAAUCUUUGAAAGCAGUGACCUGGACCAAGAUAUUUCAAGGGUUAACUCCCUUGGAUUUAGUGGCUGUCUCUCCUCUGUGCAGUUCAACAACAUUGCUCCAUUAAAAGCUGCAUUGCUUUACCCUGAUUCAGCCCCAGUCACAGUGAAAGGACAGCUGUUUGAUUCUCAUUGUGGAGCUUCUUCAGCAGCUGAUCCAUUCUCAAUUGAAAGAACGCAUUCCUUGUCAGAUCAUUCUGGGCCAUUAGAUGAGGGUGAGCCAAUAGUAAAUGCAAUCAGGCGCGACUCUGCUCUUAUUGGAGGAGUGAUAGCCGUCAUCAUAUUUGUCAUCCUCUGUGUUGUUGCAAUAAUGGCACGGUUUUUAUAUCAACGAAAAGAAACCUAUCGGAACAGGGAAGCAAAGGGAACACAGCAUGAUGACAACUCAGACCUUACUUUAAAAAAUGAACUCAACUCACAGAAUACACUGAGUGAAAAUCAAAGGGAAUACUUCAUAUGAUGAACUUUUCCUUCUUGGUGUACACGGUCAACAAAAAGAAGGAAUUGAAAAGCUUUGCCAAGACUGUCUUUGGACAUAAAAAUCUUUUGUGCAAAAGCAGUUUUCAGUUGUCGAGGCACAAUAGAUUAAGCUCGGCAAAAUUCAAAUGUUCACCCAUUGUAACUGUUUGUUUUUUUGCACUCCAUCUAGAGUGAUAAUUAAAAGAGGUUGUGCUUCUGUCAUUCACAUUCCUGUAAAUAUUUGGUACUGUGUAAAUGUUGCUCUCACAUCUUUGGAACAUACUCAACAAGUUUGCUUGACUCGUUUCUGUUCAAUUGAUUUUAUUUGAUUGUGUUUUUUUGUUUAUUUAAAAUGUAACAAGGUCAAAUAUGCAUGCUAUUUUAGGUUAUGUAAGUGUACCCUAAAGUAGUAACCAAAAGAGAAGUCAUUUUAAAUGUACGUUAGAUGUGAUCAGAGUGAGUUACAGCUGUGCUAUUUGUGUAAAUGUAGAGGUUGGGCAGAAAACCAUGCUUUGCUAUUGUUGAAAGUGCAAUUGUGUGCAAUACAACCACAGGUGUAUGUGGCACAGAUGAUCCAAUUCUAACAAGAAUCAUAAAAAAAAAAAAAAAAUAGAUAGCUAAAUGUAAAAAUAUAAUAAAUUAGAUUUUUGUUAUACUAAAUAGCUAAAUCAUUUCAUUUGAGAACUUUUUUUAAAUUUUUAUUAUUAUAAGCUUACUGUACAGUAGAGGCAUUGGAAGGUACCAUCGUUUUCACCGUCUGGAAAUUGCCUGUACAAAAGGGCAUGAAUGUCAAUCAAAAAACUUCUGUCGGAACUAGACAGAAAAUUACAAUAAAAUUAUAUGUCCUUAAAAUAAAGGAACACAAACAAAACACACAUUUUGCUCUUUGUAUUUGGUUACAAAACUCCUGUGUACUGAUCCUGUGUAUUUAAUAUUUAUUGAAACACAUUUGCUGUUAAAUAGUGACUCAUAAACACAAACAAACCUAAAAAAGAUAUAUCUAAGACUAUAACUUUAUCUGAAGCCAAACUGCAAGUGGUGAAACAACUCUGAUGGAGAUAUGUGGAAUCUCAGUGAAUUGUGCAUUUGUAAUGUUGUUGUAGCUGACAUCCUGGGAUCCUUCAAGAAGCUGCUUGAUGAGAUUCUGGGAUCAAUAAGCUACUAACAACCAAACAAGCAAGAUGGGCCAAGUGGCCUCCUCUUGUUUAUAAACCUUCUUAUAUUCAUAUGUACAUCUACUUUGCUGCUGGAAAAACUACAGCAACUCCUGAAGCUGACAGCUUUGACACACGCAUGUUAUUCUGUCUUCCUUGCUUAAAAAUUAUAAUCGCCUUUGAUUCCUCUGCAUACAAUGAAAAUUCACUAUUGUGUAUUAACAUUCCAGUAUGCAUGUUUCCCUCUUCUCUGUGAAGUAGCAUGUAAACAUGUUAUAUCAGAGAUAGCAACAUACUAUUAAGUACGUUCUCUGUCCUCCCUGAAUAUGGUUAUAGCUCAUUAUAUUUAAUAACCCUUUGGUAUGCUGGGGAAUCAGCAGCAACACACCAUCAGCAGAUGCUAAUGCAACUUGCAGCUUUGUCAGGGUCUUGGGAAUUAUAUAUAUAUAUAUAUAUAUAUAUAUAUAUAUAUAUAUAUAUAUAUAUAUAUAUAUAUAUAUAUAUAUACACACACACACACACACACAGUGCUAGCUUAACUGUCAUGCAUCUUAUGAUUCACAACCUUCCAUCUAAUUGAUAACUAAUAAUUAAGUAGCAUGUCUGUUUUUGUCUUAAGUAUCCUACUGGAUUUAUUUACCAGUUAUUAGUAAUUGCUCUUAAUUGAAAUUCAAUCUUCGUAUUUGUUCCUUUUAUUCUUUUCAUGUUCAUCAUUAUAUAAAAUGAUUUUGAGACCAUUUACUUCACUUUGCCUUCAUGGAGUUCUGCUGUAAUAAACAUAUUUGUAAGUUGGUAAUAGUUUCUAGAGUGCCUGUUCGAUUUCAGUUCCCUGGGCAAAUGUGUACUUCCUUUUUUUUGUGGCUUUAACAAUAAUUUGAGUAUUGUAGUGCCUCUGUUUUCAACGGAUAUAAUAUCCUAUAUUUUUAUAAAAAGUGUUUUUCAAUGCACUAUAUUUUUGCUAUAUGCACAAUGUUCUGAGACGCACAGCAAUAUAUCAAGAUGGAAGGUUUUAACAUUUAGAUAAAAACACAUCUAGUAACCACUGCAUUGUUCCCCAGUAAUAUGCUAUUUACAAUGUUUGCCCACCUCUUUUAAAGGUAUCUAGACAUCUAAAUUAUGUCAGUUAGUUCUUAAAAUGACACCUUUUUUAAACACACGAAAACCCUAAAUUCUUCUUUCAUAUAGUUCAGAAAUGGUGUAUCUUCAAUCUGUAUCUAUACUUUUUUUAACGUGGUAUCUCAUUUAUGCAAUGUAAUUACUUUCUCAUUGCUAACAGUACUUCUGGCCUGUAAUAAAUAACCAUUCCACUGCCUGUUUGGUCUGAACUUAUCAGAUGAGUGAUUCAAAUGUAUCGUGAUUCAAAUGAGUCCACAUGCUUUUGUCAUAGGAACUUAUUAAAAUUUACAGACAAGCCACACAACUUUUGAUCUCAAGGUCAAAAUGUAAAGUUUAUAUUAAAGUAUUAACUGUUAUUAGUCAAUGUAAGCUCUACAUUGUGAUGACGGUUUUCU